AUGGCGGAUUUCCCAGUCUCCCUGGACUCCUUGCAGCCAGUGUCUCUGCCCAGCAGUCUCAUCUUCCUCACACGCCUCCUCUUCCUCCUCCUCCAUCCUGGGGAGCUACACUCAGAGGUCAAGGUGGUAGGCCCUGAGGAACACAUCCUGGCCCUCGUCGGGGAGGAGGUGGACUUCCCAUGCCACCUGUCGCCAUAUCUGAAUGCUGAGCACAUGGAGAUUCGCUGGUUCCGGGGCCAGGCGGCGGACGUGGUGCACCUGUAUCGCGGGCGGCAGGAGCUGCCCGGCUGGCAGAUGGCGCAAUUCCAGAACAGGACCGAACUGGUCACCGACUACAUCACCGAUGGCAGCGUGCUCCUGCGGCUGCACCACGUGGUCCCCGCGGACCAGGGCCCCUACGGGUGCAGCUUCCUGUCCGGCAACUUCUCUGGGGAAGCUGCCUGGGAGCUGGAGGUGGCAGGGCUGGGCUCAGACCCUCACCUCUCACUUGAUGGCUUCAAGGAAGGAGGCAUUCACCUGAAGUACAGCUCCAGUGGCUGGUACCCCAAGCCCAAGGCUCAGUGGAGAGACCAUCAGGGACAGUGCCUGCCUCCAGAGACUGAAGUCAUCACUCAGGACGCCCAGGGCCUGUUCAGUCUGGAAACAUCUGUGAUUGUCCAAGGGGGAGCCCACAGAAAUGUGUCCUUCUCAGUCCAGAAUCUCCUCUUGAGCCAGAAGAAAGAGGUUGUGGUCCAGAUUGCAGACGUGUUUUUACCCGGAGCGUCGCCCUGGAGGAGAGCGUUCCUUGGGACUCUGGCAGCGCUGCCGCUAGCCCUGGCCGUGCCUGGCACGCUGGCGCUGUGCCUCCUGCAGAGACGGCGGCGAUCCCAAGAAAAGCUAAACCAGCAGGCCGAGAAGAAACAAGGGAAACUCACAGCAGAGUUGGAGAAGCUUCAGAGGGAGCUGGAAUGGAGAAGGGCAGAAGGCCAGGCUGAAUGGAGAGCAGCCCAAAAGUACGCAGUGGACGUGACUCUAGAUCCGGCCUCAGCGCACCCCAGCCUGGAGGUCUCCGAGGAUGGCAAGAGCGUGUCCUCCCGCAGGGUGGCUCAGGGGCCCGCGCCCAGCGACCCUCAACGCUUCUCGGAGCAGACGUGCGUGCUGAGCAUCCAGCGCUUCUCGGCUGGCCGCCACUACUGGGAGGUGCACGUGGGCCGCCGCAGCCGCUGGUUCCUGGGCGCCUGCCUGGCCGCCGUGCCGCGCGCGGGGCCGGCGCGCCUGAGCCCGGCCUGCGGCUACUGGGUGAUGGGACUGUGGAACGGUUGUGAGUACUUCGUACUGGACCCGCACCGCGUGGCGCUCACCCUGCGCGUGCCCCCGCGGCGCGUGGGCGUCCUCCUGGACUGCGACGCGGGAAAGCUGUCCUUCUUCAACGUGUCCGAUAACUCCCACAUCUUCACCUUCACCGACGCCUUCCCAGGAAUGCUCUGCGCCUACUUCAGACCCAGGGCCUACGACGGCCGUGAACACUCGGAUCCCCUGACCAUCUGCCAGUUGCCAGCUAGAGGGACGCACAUCCCGGAAGAGGAAGACAAUGACACGUGGUUACAGCCCUAUGACCCCGCAGACCAGGCCCUGGGCCUGUGGUGA